AGCAGGUGGUGGCACAGAACAAGACUUGCACGGUCGAAGGAGUGGAAGGGCAAUGGGAAGAGGUGGGGGCUUGAAAUGGUGAAGGGGCGUGGGCUUCUUACUGACCUGCGAGUCGACAAACGCCUCCAGCCGACACAAGAAGAGCACAGCCCGAACGGGACGAUGUGCAAGGUCUACAGUCGCGUGACGUUUUCGUUUGCGCCCCCCGCUGUCGACGAUUGCUGGAAGAACGAGGGCCUGGUUGUGCAAGAGGCCUGCGAUAUGAUGCCGACGACUUCGAGCGAUGGCGAACGGACAGUCGCUCAACCGAUCUCAGGGAAUGGCUACACAUGGACGAAGCCGCUCCGCUGGUGGUUCCGCCCCACAUGGAGAGGAGCGUCGAGGGACGAUGUCGUCGCCGGCAAGGGAAACGAGUCGGGGAGGUGGCGGUGGGGAGGAAGAACGACGGGCUCAAAACUUGUGGUGCGACUACAGCAAACGUUCUGGUAUUUGGAAUGGGCGAGCCAGGAUGGCUCCGACCCGUUGCAACCACCGUGCGGGCCGCUCUUGUUCGUCGCAGUUCGCGCCGACAGAACGCGUCUCGCAGGGUCCAUCGUCCAGUGGGUCGACGUUGGCGAAUACAAUUUUAAGUUUACGUUGAAGAAGCAUUACAGAAGUGAUGGUUCCGUUGACGACAUCGCAAAAGGAUGCAAGGUUGUCGGGAGGAUGUUCGGCGGGUACGGCCGACAUGCGAUGUCUUUGCCGUACUUUGUCCCGCUAGCGCCGGGGCACGACGAGGCCGUUCACGUGACAGACUUCCUCGAGGUCUGGGCGAGAUCUGGUACCUCUGUCAGUGCCGUGGACGUCGGACCUGGGACAUCGAUUAGUGGACCUGUUGGGUUCGCAGGAGGAGAGUGCUCUGAAAGGGGGAUGGGAGGUCAGGGUGGCCUGCUAGCUACGCCUCCUGAUCAAGAGGUGGGCAUGUCAGAUGACUCGGAGGACGACCAUCCGCGUGCUCCUUCGAAACCGAGCUUGCAUGGAUCUCGCCGCCAAGGUUUGCUUGGGGAGUCGACGCCACGUGGAGGCGGCGAUGGCGAACGCCUAGAACGAGAAGCAAGUGGGAACGUCGCCGAGGAGGAGGAGGUGUCCGAGCAGGGGCUGUUCCGUGAGAGAUCGGCUGAAAAGACUCAGUCGGGAGGAAAGCGCAACUUGCCGGAUGAGGAAGAGCGAAAGGGAGUAGGUGCUCUGAAAAAGCAGAGAAAGGUAGGAGGGAGUGCUCGGACGCCAACAUCACGAGAGGGCGGUUCCAUUGAGAAGAGGAAAAGGGUUGGAGGUGGGGAUGAAACCCCAAAAGACUCGUCGACACAGCGAAGAACCGGUGAGUCUUCUGGGAAACGGUCGAAAUCAUCGAGGGGGAAGAAAGCAGAUGAGGGCGACAGCGGCGAGGGAGACGAGGACGUGGACAUUAACCUCAACGCCUUCAACCUUGAUAAUGCAUUCUUCCUCGAGAUGCAGACAGGGGUGCAGAAGGACGUCGUGUUGCACAUCCAUCCCGAAAGAAUAUUAGCUAUUCCACACUGGGAAGACGCGUACAACCACCGAUCCUUGGACGAGUUCCUCAUUGAUACCAUCGUGUCGGCUAUGAUCGACUGCUACGAACGUAAAGACAUGAGAUACACGAAGCCCAUUUUCGUUCUCGCUCCGAUCGUCCCGCCUCCAGAGAACGGCGAGCCUGCUGUGCGCGUGCUGCCUGCUGACUUAGACAACUCACAGCCGGAGAAAUACUGGUAUUAUCCUGUGUGUGGACAGCAUAACGCGAGGGCGGCGAUGAAGGUGAAAGACCAUCCUGUGUUUGAGUACUACAACUUCUGUAAAUGGCCGUUCAGACCGAUCUACUUCCCUGACGACGAGUUGGACGGCUACGCCCAUGUCAGCUGCGAAGACAGCAUGAAAGACAAGAAGAAUCUACCGCGCUUGCAGGUUUUGUCUAUGCGGGACAUUCGCAAUAACAGGAAAAUUAAGGGCAAACUGCAUGUGGUGCUCGACAAUGCGUCGAAGAAAAAAGGACGAGAUGACUCCGUCUUCGCUUUGGGAGAGAAGUUCUACGAGAAGUGGUCGAAAGGGAAACUCCUUGCUUCCGACGGCCAGCGUUGGACUAAAAAGCCGCCCACCCAUGAGGAGGUGGCCAAGCCAGGACUCUCCACUAUGACUGACAACCAGGGGCUGAAGAAACACGUCUGGUACAUGAAGGUGGAUGACCCGUCAUUGAAAAAGGGCAAGGGGAAGCCAAAGAAAGGCGGGAAGGAGAAAACUUUCUACGUCCAAGUUCUCGAGCCGAAUGUCCACUGCUGGAAGGAACUGGUGGACUUGACGGACCGUGAGAAGAAAAGUCUGUUGAACGGCGUCUUGAUCCUUAACGUCGUGUGGGUUCAAACGAGUAGCAAGAAGUUGGUCGAUCAGGGGAAGUUCAGUGUCAAGGAGAUGGUCAACAUAAUAAAAAUGGACCGGAUUAUGCUGAGGCUGUGGCACUACGUGGAGUUCGAGUACGCGGAAAUGAAUAAGCAGGAGUGGAAUGCCAACUCCACGUUCUUCAGGUCCAAGAGGCAACUGUUCGAAGAGUUCAAUGACAAAGGUCUCGACGACAAGCUUUGGAACGAGAGAAGGAAAUUUUUCACGGACUCCACGUACGUCAACAAGUGCCCUCAGUUUCUCGGGUGUCAACACGACAACAACAUCAAGAGAACGGCGACCCUCAUCAACGACCAGCAUUUCCCGGCGGAGUGGAACGCCUUGACGAAGCUGGCCCAGUUUAACGUCGACCCAUUGAGUGCCAUAGAUCAUAAGGAGGCGCUGGAAAAACUAGGGCAUCAGCUACGCUCCCGCACUUGCGUGCUCGACUUGUGCGGAACUGUGGACCGUGCGCAAUGGGACUCUGGGGCAUUCCCGUCUCUGAGUGAGUUGUUGGGCUUCGUUUGUCAGGACUACUGGACAUUGGUAGUAUUCGUUCCCUGCCUGUGGAACCUCUCCUUCAUGACAUCUGUGUCUGCGCUUGGGGCUACCCGAUGCUACACGGGGAAGUGGGUUCGGAAGACGGCAACAAAGAAGACGCAUCAGUUCGGAAACAGCGUCUGGGAGGAGCCGGAUGUGAUGCAUAUCCUUUUCAAAGGCAAAGAUCCUCGACUACUUACUCACCCGGUAUACGAGGGAGCUGUUGCUGAAGACGACGCCGCCGCUCUCCAUAGGAAACAGAAAGUGACACCCACGGAUGUGGAGGAGAAGUCUUUCAAGUCCUUGAUUUUCGCGGACAUCGGAAACCUCACCCAGAGGGGGCCUCUGUACAAGGACGGUGAGCGGAAUCCGAAUCAGUUAUGCAACCAGCUUCUUUUCUUCUAUGGUGUGGUGGAUGCCCUGCUGUUCUUGGGCAAGCCGCACGCGCAGGUGGUGUGGAGUCUGCUUCAGCAGGGAAGGCACGUCUUGGUCGUGGAUGGGGACACAACGCAGCUCGAAUACACCGUGCAGUAUGUCACCCAUGAAGUGUCGUCCAAGGCUUACCCAUGCGAUUUCCACCAUGUCGUGAAUACUCUCAAUCCGGCCGAUUUCAUUUUGGAUAACUACAAGCUGGCAUUCGGUGAGGAGGAGGACUUCAAUAUCGAGACCGAGCAGGAGGAGAGCGUUGAGGACGACCUCUUCGAUUUGUACGGGCAAUUGGCCAUCUUCAACGCCCAAGUUUCUGAGUCGCCGUCAGUAUGCAAACCGGGGAUACCUCUCGCUACACCCACCUCGGGCGGCCCCACGCCAGUGUCCUCCUCAGCGCCUGUCAAGAGGGGUGGGUUGUCCCGUGUGAGGAGUUCGCCAGGGGAGCCUAUUCGUCUCACACCGCAGCCCGAAGGUCUUCGACCCGGCCAUCCAGUUCCUCCGGACCAUCUGCAUCUCAAGGCUCCUGCGACUCCCUUCGACAUGGGCGACAAACACACCUUCUCCACAGCCGAAGAUUGGGGCCAUGAUAUCGUGUGGCACCCAGACCAUUUCCAGCGAGUCCUUCUCGACGGCGAAUGGGCAGUGGCUGUGAGGGACUCAAAUAAAUGGCUGGAAGUAUCUUCCGCGUUCUACGCCCUUCCGUCAAGCCCGUCAAUUAAGCAAGUAAGUUGGGAGUUGCCUGCGGGCACCCCGCCGGUAGGAGUUGUGAAGCGCAAGUCUCGCGGAAAGGACGGCGAAGGGGAUGGUGAAGGCGGCGGGCAACGAGGUACCGGAGGUGGAAGUGAACAGCGUUCAACGAAACAGCGGUCUCCGGGGUACGCAGGCGGCGGAGAGGGGAAAAAGGGCAGCCGGGAGAAGGAAAAGCCUCGCAGCGGAGAGAAGACAAAGCAUCACACAGGAGACGAGCAGGGGUCCGAUGUUGACCGCGACGAGGAUGGUGGGGUUCUGGUGGUGACAGGCAGCACCUCAAUGGAGACGGGGAAUGACUUCAGGCCUGGGUGGAUUACACGGCCUGGCGAGCAGGACCCUGUGAUUAGCCUAACCAGCGCAACACCGUAUACCGAUGCUGUUGGCGGGGCAGUUGUAGCAAAGAAUGGAACUUGCUUCGCUCAGCUCCAAAAAUGGUUGACCGAUUGUCUCGGAUCUAUCCGAACCUCGGAGACGACAUCGUUGUCCGGAACUCAGAACCUUCCGGGAAGCGAGACGACAACAUACCACGGAUCCGGCAGCGACAAGCUCCAACCAUGUUCGAUUCAUCCGAACCAGGACGACGUGUCCGCCAUGACAGACGACCGGUGUUCGGACACCGUCAUGCUGUGCAUGGAAGUUCACAAGGAGCUGCAGGCAGACUGUCCGACUGAGGGUGAGUUAGCGACCAGUUUCAAUGUCGAGCCCUGCACACUCGGAGCUGAAUGCCUAGUGAUGGUACACGCUGAGUUAGCAGUCUUAAGCGACUCUCCGGUGAAAGCGGACACGUCAUCGCUGUUGGAAACUGCGGUGGCUCGGAUGAAUCCGAACCAGGGCCCUGUGAGCAUGUCCCUCCCUGGUGCAGCUUUGGAGACGACCGUAAUUCGGAUUCAUCCGAGACACACGGACGAAGGACUUAACGAUUGUCGACUUCUGACCACUUUGGACAAGGACGACUCCGCUGACGACCGGAUUGAUCCGACACUCGGCGACGUCGGGAUGGAGCAACCAGUUCAGCCGGCAUACGACGACCCCUUGUACUCCGGCCUUCACGACGAGGCGAUGGGAGAGGACGUUCUGAAGAAGUCCUCUGACGCUGUUGGAGAAGAUUUGUCUAUUUGAGUGACGACGAUAAAGACACAGCGCACGA